CCCCACAAUUAAGCACGACAUUGCCCUCAAUGGAGUAGAGGGAGAGAUAAGGGGAACGAUUUUACCAGAUUGAAAUACUGCCAGGAGACUGGAAGUGGACCAGUCAACGGGAAACAUAUGGAACGACGGAGCAGUUCUACACGAAGGGAACAUAAAGAACACACUAGCACACUGUGAGUUAGGGAUCAGAGUUGGCCCAGAUGGCCACACAAUAGACAAUCCACAAAAGAAAGAAAAAAGGACAAAAACAAACGACAGACUCAGUUCAAGCUCCACACACACAUGGAGCAAACACGAAAAGUCUUAAACAAAAUACACUCGGAGGGGCGACGAGUACAGACUACUCGUCGCCAAGGUUGUCCAAAUCGAUAUCGUUCAUGAAGGCAUCAUCUCAGCUGGCGGGGGUGGAAGUGGAGAGUCCUUCCAUGGAGUCCUCCAGAUUGGUUGCUUGCCCGGUAGCAGCUGGAGCAGGUGUUGCUGGACCUCCUGCAUACUCCGAGAUCGGCCCUGCUCCCUCUCCAUGUGAGCAAGGGUCACCCCCUGCUGGGUCUCCAUACGGUCGAGGCGCUCGUUAUAAGCAUCCAUCCUGGUCUUAUACUUGGCCUGGUGAGCCGAGUACUCAGCUGCUGGAACUGGUGAGUGAAGUAGUCUUGUCCUGGGAAAGUGGAACUGCUACCUGUACUCGAAGGUGGUCUGGCGCGGAGCAACAGCAGUGUCCACAUCCUCAGGGUGGACAUCCUCAGUGGCCUCAUCCUCAGGAGCUCGCCGCCUAUACAUCUUCUUCAUCCACGCAUUGUGCUCCAGGUCAUACUUGGACAAAAUUCCCUUCCACGUAGCUUCAAAUUGUGGAAUAGAAGUGCAGUUUAGCAUGUAUUGUUUGAAAUCCUCUCGGAAGCCUUCCGCAUGGCCACGCGCUUCUGCAUUAUUGUCCAAGUGCCAAGAACAUAACCGAUGUAGGGAUCCAGGGAGAACCGACUUGAUAGCUUUACUCAUUGAAGAACAACCAUCUGUUAUAACUGCGGUUGGCUUCUUACCACCCAUGCAAUGUAAAAAAGCAUUUAGAAUCCAUACGUAGUUCUCCUCCGUUUCAUCCGCAAGUAAAGCACAUGCAAAAACGGUGCUUGCAUUGUGAUUAUUCACACCAAUGAAUAGAAGAAAUGGAA